GCAUGCGCAUCAAAACGAGACGAACUACCCGAAUUCACAAAGAACUUUUCUAACAGUUGAUCUUCGCUCUCCAAGUCAUCUCUCGCAAAAACUAACACCGAGCGGUUUGUUUUAGGGGUGGCGUAAAACAGAUAAUUUAAGAAAUCAGAUGUAGUGACGUUGCAUGUUAACAGGAAGAUUAACUUUUCUGCAAAGUUAUAAAUUCGGCAAUGCUGCGCCAGACGGGGGGACACAGCGCAGUUGUUUUGAUCUUGACAUUGCUUUAAUGUCAUUUCAUAUAAGAAAACGUCAUUCAAGUCAGUUUUUGGCCCCCUUUUAUUGUUUUGUACCGCGGGUGCAAAACACGUCGUCAUGACAAAGGAAACUCUCUGGACCGUGGCAAUCACGGCGACGUUUUUCUUCGGUUUAUGCUUUUCAACCCUUAAAGCAGAAACCCCUUCUUGUCACGGAGCCUACGACCUUUACUUUGUUUUGGACCGAUCUGGGAGUGUUUCGACCGACUGGGAUCAGAUCUAUGACUUUGUCAAAAAUCUAACAGAGAGAUUUGUGAGUCCAAAUAUGCGUGUGUCCUUCAUAGUUUUUUCAUCGAAAGCAGAGAUUGUGUUACAGCUCACUGGAGACAGGGCAAAAAUAAAUGAAGGUCUGAAAUAUUUAAAUGCUGUCAAACCAGCAGGAGAAACCUACAUGCAUGAGGGAAUAAAACAGGCAACUGAACAAAUGAAAAAACAGCUUAAAAAGUCCUCUAGUAUCAUUGUGGCUUUGACUGAUGGAAAGCUUGAACCAUAUAUCCAUAAACUCACUAAGGAUGAGGCUGAUGAAGCAAGGAAAUUUGGUGCUCGUGUGUACUGUGUUGGCGUAAAGGACUUUGAUGAAGAACAGCUCGCAGAUGUGGCUGAUACCAAGGAGCAAGUGUUCCCAGUUAAAGGAGGCUUUCAAGCUCUCAAAGGCAUUGUUAACUCGAUCCUCAAGCAAUCCUGCACCGAGGUCCUAACAGUGGAGCCCUCCAGCGUCUGUGUGAACCAGUCCUUUGACAUUGUUUUGAGAGGGAAUGGGUUCACACUGGGUAGACAAACAGGAGGAGUGGUCUGCAGUUUCAUAGUGGAUGGAGCUAAUUACAAGGUGAAUCCAAGCAAGGUGAAGAAUGACUAUGUCCUGUGUCCUGCUCCAGUGCUGUAUUCAGUGGGACAACAAUUGGAGGUUCUGAUCAGUUUGAACAAUGGCACAUCAUUUAUCUCCAGUGCUUUCAUCAUCACUGCUUCCACUUGUUCGGACGGCACAGUGGUGGCCAUUGUGUUCUUGGUGCUCAUUCUCCUGUUGGCUUUGGUUCUGAUGUGGUGGUUCUGGCCUCUCUGCUGCACUAUCGUUAUUAAAGACCCACCCCCUCAAAGACCUCCUCCUCCACCUCCACCUAAGCCAGAGCCAGACCCAGUACCCAAGAAAAAGUGGCCAACUGUUGAUGCAUCUUAUUAUGGGGGAAGAGGAGCCGGUGGUAUCAGGCGCAUGGAGGUCCGUUGGGGAGAGAAAGGGUCCACAGAGGAGGGUGCACGGCUAGAGAAGGCCAAGAAUGCAGUGGUGUCAAUACAAGAGGAGACAGAAGAACCUAUGAUCAAAAAGCCACCCACAUCCUCACCCACAUACCAUCAAUCUGAUUCCAAGUGGUAUACUCCAAUUAUGGGUCGACUUCAGGCACUGUGGGCUCUUCUGCAGCGACAAUAUAACCGAGUUUCACUCAUGCGCCCAACUACCGCAGAUAAGGGACGCUGUAUAAAUUUCAAUCGGGUGCAGCAUCGACAGACGACAGCAUCCCGUUUCUGAAAUACUUUGACUUCCAAGUGAACCAGAUGGAACAACAGAAAAAAGUGUAUUUUCCUUGCGAUGACAUAACUUAUCUUUGGUCACUUUAGAGUAUCUUGUUUCAGCUCUUACAAGUAUUGGCUUUCCAAAACGUAUAAUUCUGAUAUCUCUCAAGCAACUGAAUGACAAGCGGAUGACUAAAUAGAUAAAAAUAAAAAAAUAAAAACAGCUGACCUGGCAACUUUAAUGUAUAGCAAAGGCUUUUUCAUAUUCUGACCAUAUUGUGCCUUCUGCGGAGGAAAAAACAAACUAAUCUUAUAGCACAGACGGAGGCUAUAAAAAAAAAAAAAAGAUAUCAGAAUGAGAUGAGGCUCUUUGCCGUUGGCUGAGAAAUAGAAGUAAUCCCAGUAGGCUCAUGGAGUGCAGAAGUACUUUGCCUCUUGGCAAUGUCUCUUCAAAAAAAUCUCUCCAAGCCCACUAUCCUCGGAUGCCUAGCGGGGCUUCUUUGACUGGAGAUCUUGUCAAUUUAACACUGAGAAGUGCACACGCAUGACAAAUUGUAGUCAGAACGCCCUAAGGUAUUAGAUGCAGUAAGACUUUGCCCUUCAGUUUUGGGAAGACACCUUUCUAUCAAUGCGAGGACAGCACAGAGAAAUUAAUAGUUCCUCAGCUGUGCUAAUGUGACGCCCUCAUCAGAUGUAUUAGGAAGAUAGAUCAAACCGAAAGGGGCGAUUGAUGGAUGAGUAUUGUUAAUUUCCAGAAAUUAUCCACAAUGCACUCCCCCCUCCACUUGUUCACAGAAAAGUGAUCAAUGUAUAUUUGUUUUAGAUUUCUUUAAUGCCUCGUCAUGACUACAAUCGCGAGUGAUGUCAGUGUCAGUGGGAACACUGUGGGGGAGGAAGGGGGCGGCAGUAACGAUAACGUAUAAGUAACGAUCCAGUUACUUUCGAUACGCUAUUUCAGAUGCAAAAUGGAUAUUUGAGUCGAAAUCUGACAAAAGUGUGUCGGCUUUGACGGGAAGUGGUAUAGACAAUGACCAGUGGCUGGGUCAGUGGGAUGUCUCAGUGCAAGCAGGGAAGCUUAUCAAAUGACACUAAAAAUAAGUUAAACAACCUUCAAGUUUGAGGGGGGAACAGAAUGGGGUGCAGUGGCUCACAUUCAGUGGGCAUGCAAGUUGCCAGAUGGCAGGACUGUUUUGGGGAAAAGCCCUUGUUUAAUUAUUUCUUUGCUUCUAUCGUAAAUGUGGGGACUUCAAUUAUUACUCGCCUCCACCCCCUCCCAAAAAAAAAGAAAAAAAUAAAGAACAGAAUACAUACAUGGGAAUGUUGAAACAUUUGACAUCGUUCCCAGAGUGGCACUUACAAGUUAAGCGAAUGCACUUUUCAGCCCUGUUUUUAUGUAGAUUUUUUUUAUUUCACAGAUCACAGGAUGUGAGUUAAGUAUUAGUAAAAAUUUAAUUAGGUUUUUACUUUAGUUGCAACAUGGCUUAAUAUCUUUACUAAAAAUCUAUUAUAAUAUAUCUUUACUAUAAUGUAACUAUAAAUAUAUUUAUCCACUUCAACAUCACCAGAGCACAUAUGUUUUGCUUUCUCUUUAUUAUUGUUUUUGCUUGUUUUAUCUACCUUUUAUUUUGCAUUUUACAUUGUUAUAUUUAUAUUUUCACUUAAUUUGUGGUACUUGUGUGUGUUUUAUAUAUUUUAUAUGGUACAUUAAUGUGUGUGGAAAGAAACUGAUCAUAAACUUUUCAUAUUUGUGUAUCAAAUUGGGUUUAUUCUAUGUAAUACUGAAUUAAGCGCACCAGCUAUAAAAAAAAAAUAAUAUUAGUAAUUUUUGUACAAAUUUUUUUUUCCUAAGCACCUGUUUUAACUUUAAAAUAGAAAAGAUCACAAAUAUUUGAUGUAGAAAUUGGAUAGAAAAACAAGGAUUUAUUUAAUUUUUAAGCAACUGAUGCACUAUUUCUUGUACAUAAAAAGGCAAAUAAAUUAUGUAUUUGUAAUGAUAAUUUGUUAAUUUAAUUAAAUCCCAUUAAUGUUUUUUUUUUUUUUUUUAUUAUUAUUAUUAUACUUGCAACCCUUGUGAUUAUAGUGCCUCAUGUCCCGCUGCCAAUGAAUGUAAUUUCCAAUUGAAUGUAAUUUCAGUAGUACUUUUUUUCCCCAAACAUACAAUAUACAGUUAUUAUUAUAUUAUUGUAUUUACUUUUUUGUUUUAUUUACAGUGUAAUAUGUAUUAUUUUUUUUUCUCAGAAAACAGUUGGUCUUCAGAUGCACUGGUUAAAAACUACUAUUAAAACAGUAAUAAUGCACAAGAAGCAAUUUAAAAAAAAGCACAUAAAUAAAUACAUACAUACAUACAUACAUACAUAAAUAAUGAAAAGGAAUGACCAGUCACUUUAUUCUCACAGUAGGCAGUGUUCUCUUCACUACACACUGGCACUGGCCAGUGACUGCUGCAUUUUACACUGAUUUUACAAAAUUGACAUUUGACUUGUUGAUUUGUUUAUCACCCACAAGAUUCUGCUUAGAAAUAGUUUGAUCUGUUAAGAAAAGCUAGACACACUCACACCUCCUUAAACAAGUAGACUAUGUUCACUGUGUUAGUCACACGGUGUUGUUAUUUUUUCCUGCAGUUGUUGUCUUACACAUACUGAUCAUACACAUCAAAGCAUUUAGUACAUCACAGUGUGAUCUCACAUGGCAGAUUUCAGAAGAAUCUCAUUCAGUCUCAUCUUGACAUUUUAUGCCUUUGUUCAGCCAUUAUUGAAGUUUCAGACAUUUUUGUAUCUUUUGUAUUUGCAUUUCACAUCUAUUUGUAUAAAAUAAACAGCACUUUUUUAAAAUGAA